UUUAAACGUUCGAUUUUUAAAAUUAAAUAUUAGUUAUUACAUAACUGGUUUGUCAGCAGGCUAUCAAGUUUUUUUUUUUUGGUUUGUUUGGCGAUAUUUUGAUUUAUCAGGUUAUUGACCAGAUUGAUAACAAUAUUAUCUUUAUUAAUAAAAAUUGAAAAUAAAAUAAUGUAGAUGGUGGUCGGUACUCGGCACAGCAGUUCAUUUUGUGAUACAAUUAUUUUAAUUUUCGUCCUUUGGAAAUAUUUUUAAACAUUAAAUACAAUUAUGAACGUUUACGAUAGUGUGAUUAAAGGCACACAACCUAAUCGGUUCAUACUCAUUAAAGGUUAGUCAUACACCUUUUACUUAUGUUUCUUAUUUAACAUUUGUAGUACCUAGAUAAUUUGUACAAUAAGUGAAAUUAAAUUAUAAUGAUUGUAAUUUUAUUUAUCAGAUGUAUACCUACCCACCUGGCACCUACCUAUUUUCUGUCUAAAAUAUUUAUAAUUGUUCUAUGUUUAUGUUCGGUGACUAAGGGUUUUGUGGUUUAUAUAAUAUAAAGUCAAACAUUUGUAAUUGUUAACAGUGGCCCCCACGUAGGCUAUCUAGUUAUGCAAUUGCAUUAGUAGUCAAAUGGGUAGGUGGGUGAUAACAAUAAUCUUGUGUAUUUAAAUUGAAUAAGAGUUACUGAAAAAGUUAACUUUACAAGCUCGGUCCGUACUGUACCGUACCAAUCAUGCUACAUUGUAUAGUGUAUACUAUCUGAUAGUUUUAAUAAUAGAUAGGUAAACAAAUUAGUUAAGUUGGUUUAGUUGAUAAUUUUGUUUUUAUUUUUACAUUCUGUAUGUGUUUAUUUCAAAAUAUAUCUACAAUAAUAGGUACCAUAUAGAUUAAUAACCUAGGUAUUUAUCUAUAUUUAAAUAUUUUGUUACAAUUUUUUCUACUGAUCCUUCAUUUGAACCUCUCAUAUAGAUCUUUACUAUUAAGCGUGAUUAAGUGAAAAAAAAAAAGCCAUUAACUAAAAAUUCAUAAAAUUUGUACUCAUUUGUUAACUGUAGGUGAGUAUACUAAAAAUUUACUGCAUGUGCUCUCAAAAUUGUGCUUCACUGGUUGUUAUAUUAAACUUAUUUUAAACUACUUUUUUUUAAAAACUUUUUGAUUACCACUAAUUAUUUAAUUACGAAUGUUAAACAUCCAACUGGGUCUAACAGUUAAAAAUGAUUUUAUAAUAUUACUCGUAUUAGAAUAAAUUAGUCUGUAACAAACUAAUAGGUGAUUAUAUUUUUUUAUGUCUGAAGUUGUUAAUUUUUGUAAAAUCUAAUUUUUUAUUUCUUUUCUUAUUUUUUCUUGUGGAACAAUUAUAAUUGUAAUUAUUGGAAGUUUAUAAUGUAUAUAAUAAUGUGAAUAAUAAUAUAGGUAAAAAUGGUAGAUGGGACAGGUACCAACAUAUAUAUGUUAGAUAUAUUACUUAGAAAUUAUAAUUAAAUAUUCAAAAUACAAUAAUUAGGUACCUUGAUUUUUACUAUGCAUUGUUUCUGCUAUCUAAAGAUUUAAUGCUGUAGUCAAGUAAUAAACUUGUUAAAUAUUAAUGUUUAAUUAAUAUUUUAAGAUUUAUCGAGUGAAUUUAUUGUAGUUAUACAAACCAGUUAGAAAACAAAGAAAUGCACAAUUUGCAGCAAUGUAAAUUGAAUUUGAAAAUAAAAGUAGACUAUAAAAUAUUUUAAAAUUGUUUUUACUUUUGCAGAUUCAUUUUUCGCUAAAGGUCAGUUUCUAUUGUAUCUUAUAUCAGAAAAUCGUAAAUCUCAUGACAUACAUGUACUCUGCUAUGAACAGCUAGUAUUCAAAUACCGGAAUUUACUUCCCUCCUUGCCCAACAUUCAUUACCAUGAUUGUAUGACUAAUACUGAACAAAGUAUGUACGAAACUGUUACAAGUAUCAUUGAAAAAUCAACCAAAAAUAUAGUCGUUUUAAUUGAUUCAUUAUCUAUAUAUUUACUUAGAACGGAUUUCAGGAAAGUGUAUAAAGAAAUAUUGAAUAUUACAUCAUCAGAUAAAGGUAAAUAUAAUAUAUACAAUUAUUGUUGCUAUAAAUAUACUUUUAACAUAACAAAAAGUAUUCACACAAAUGUGUAUUAUACAUGUGUAUUUGAUGUUGCUGUUAAAUAAAAUUUUAUGUUUAUUCGUAUUAUAAUUUCAGUGCCUAAUGUAGUACAAUUUGUGGCAGUGUUACACGAAGAUGUAACUGAAGUUUGUCAGAUUGAACAUUUGAAAAACUUAUGUAAAACUCACAUACAUGUGCAAAGCAUAAGCAACCCAUUAGUUUUGAAUUUAAGAUUAGAACAUAAAAGAUCAAAUGGUAAAUGUGUUGUACAGGUGAUACUUUAAAUUAUAAACUUUGUAUAAUAUUUCAGCAUUGUUUAUAUUCUUGUAAUUUUUUUUAAAUUUAGAAAUUAAAAGGUGAACUUAAAUCAGAUUGUAAAUUCAAAUUAAUAGCCGACUCACCACCACAAAUGGUCGAAGAAGAAAAGGGAAUUCCAACAAAUUUAGCUAGUUUUAAACUAGAUUUACAAGAAAACGAAAAGAAGGCAAAAGAAGAAUUAAUUUUACCCUAUACUCUGUAAGUAAAUUGUUCGUGUUAUUUAAAUGAAAUAAUAACAAUAACAAAAAAAAAAAAUUAUUUUUCUAGUGUGCAGAAUGCGGCCAAUAGUGGUGGAAUGAUACAUUAUGUUCCAGAUGAAGCAGACGACUGGGAUGAAGAAGAUCCAGAUGAUGAUUUAGAAAUAUAGGAUAGCAUUAGAUUAUUUGUUAAUAAAAUAAAAUAAAAUGAGUUUUGUUUUAAUAUAAACAUUUUUUAUAUCGUUGUUUUACACAAAUAUGAAGCAGUAAGUUAAUUUAAAUAAUUUUUGAUUUUGAGCGUUACGAGGAAUGUAUUGGUUUUACAAUGAUAUUUAUUUUUUUUUUCUGUGAACAACUUUUCUAUCAGGAAUUUUGCUUCGAUUUUCAGGUGUAUCACUUUUUCUGAAAUUUGACUGGGGUGUUACUUUAAGGCUGUGAUUUUAUAUUAAUUCAAUUAAUAUAACGUGUUCAAUCAUUAUACAUUUGUUACAUUUAUAUAUUAAUAAAUCAGCAGUUUGUAGGAAUAAAGUAAUUAAGAUAAGUUAUCUUAGGUAACUAUUGAACAGUAAAAUUUGUAAGCAAUAUCUAUUAUUAGUCCAGUUAGUAUAUUUGUUGCAGCGGACUUGAACGUAUACACACUAUUCAUAGAAUUGUUACUUGUUUGUCACAUAGUUCUG